AUGAUUCAUAAUAAACAAAUAGGAUUUGUUGGUCUCCUUGAGACUAAGGUUAAGGCUUGUAAUUUAGGAGCCUUAUACCUUAAAAUGUUUCGGGGUUGGUGUUUGUCUCAUAAUUUGGCGCAUCAUCAUAAUGGGAGAAUUCUUGUUGCUUGGAAUCCUUUGAGUUUUGAGGUUGAUAUUAAAGGGAGUUCAAGUCAGUUUAUGCAUUGUUUGUUGAGACCGAAAGGUGGAGAGUGGUUUGCCUUAACUGUUAUUUACGCUGUUAAUGACAGUAAAGGCAGAGAAAUUUUAUGGACUGAUCUGGUUCAAUUAGCAGUUGGCAUGACUAUUCCUUGGAUAGUUGGAGGAGAUUUUAAUGCUGUUUUGAGUACUGAUGACAUAAUGGAUUAUAGGGGUAAUGCUACUGAGAUGAUCCCUUUUCAGAAAUGUGUUGAAGAUUGUGAUCUUGAAGAUAUUAAGUUCAAUGGUAGUUUCUUUACUUGGAACAACAAACAGGAAGGCAAAGAUAGGAUAUAUGCAAAAUUAGACAGAUUUUUAGCUAACAGACAGUGGAGGGAUAAAUAUAGUACAACUGAGGUGACUUUUCUCCCCGAAGGUGAGUUUGAUCAUUCUCCUGGUCUUCUCUCCAUAUAUCCUCUUAUGCAGAAUAUCAAAAAGCCUUUCAGAUAUUUUAACUUUUGGAAAAAUCUGGUUGGUUUUACUGAUAUUGUGAAGAAAUCUUGGUUGGUCAAAAUAGAAGGUUCUCCUAUGUACUGUUUAGUCUCUCGUCUGAAGCAUCUCAAAAUGGGAUUAAAAGAAUUGAAUAGACAUGGCAAAGGCAAUGUAGAGAUUCAAGAUCAUGAUAGCUAUAAUAAUUUAAUUCAGAUUCAACAGAAAUUGCAAAGUAAUCCUGGCAAUUUUCAGCUUAUUGAGGAAGAAAAAAAGGCUCGGCAGGUGUAUAGAGAAGUACACAAGAAUUACAUGAGUUUUCUUAGUCAAAAAGCUAAGAUUUCUUGGCUCAAAAGUGGAGAUGAGAAUACUAAAUUAUUUCAUGCUAGUCUGAAGAAGAGAAUGCAGCACAAUACAAUAUAUUCUAUUCAAGACCAGGAUGAAGAAGUUAAAGAGGCUCUGAAUUCUAUUCCGGAUGAUAAAGCUCCAGGACCAGAUGGUUUUAGUAGUGGUUUUUUUAAGGAUACUUGGGAUGUGAUAGGGGUUGAGCUGACUAAAGCUAUUCUCUCUUUUUUGAAUUCUGGUCGUCUGCUGAAACAGAUUAAUGUCUCCACUGUUACUUUGGUUCCAAAAUUGGUCUGUCCGAAAUCAGUGAGUGAUUAUAGACCAAUUUCUUGCUGCAAUGUGGUCUAUAAAAUUGCUUCUAAAAUGAUUUGUAAGAGAUUAAGAGAAGUGCUCCCUGAUAUCAUAUCCGAAAAUCAAAGUGGGUUUAUUAAAGGAAGGCGUAUUGCUCAUAAUAUUAUGAUUUGUCAAGACAUGGUUAGGGGUUAUGACAGGAAGAGUGCUAAGUCAGCUUGUUUGUUCAAGAUAGAUCUUCAAAAAGCGUAUGAUACUCUUGAUUGGGAUUUUCUAAAAGAAAUGCUUGAAGCCUUAAAGUUUCCAAAAAAAUUUACCAAUCUUAUUAUGGAGUGUGUUACUACCACUCGGUUUUCUUUCUCCAUUAAUGGUGCUCAUCAUGGUUUUCUUCAAGCUAAAAGAGGUUUACGUCAAGGCGAUCCAAUCUCGCCUCUUCUUUUUGUGAUUUGUAUGGAGUAUUUGACUAGAAUCUUAAGCAAGGUAGCUAAGGAGGCUGAGUUUAAAUUUCAUCCUCGAUGCCAAAGUUUAAAGCUCACUCAUCUUUGUUUUGCGGAUGAUCUUCUUUUAUUUUGUAAAGGAGAUUACAUUUCUGCUCAUUUAUUGCUGAAAGGUUUUAAAUUGUUUUCUAAUUCCUCUGGUCUCAAAGCGAAUAUUAGUAAAUCCGCAGUCUAUGGGGCAGGUAUGAAUUCGAAUACUAUAGAUAGACUUGUGGCUUUAUCUGGUUUUCAGAAAUGUAGUUUGCCUUUUCAGUAUCUAGGCAUGAAGAUUUGUGCUAAAAGGAUCUCUAAAGCUGACUGUGUGAGUUUGGUGGAUAAGAUGGUUAGUAGGAUUAGAAUUUGGAGCAGUAGGAAUUUGUCUUAUGCCGGUAGAAUUGUGUUAAUAAAUUCAGUUCUUCUUUCUAUAAACUCCUACUGGUCUCAAUUAGUGAUUCUUCCUCGUUCAGUUUUGCAAAGAAUUAUACAAGUUUGUAGAGCUUAUUUGUGGAAAGGGGUUGAUUGGAGUUGUAAUACGGGCCAUGUUUCUUGGUCUGUUAUUUGCCGGUCUAAAUCAGAGGGAGGAUUGAGUAUUAGAGAUAUUUCCUUAUGGAAUUUUUGUGCCAUGGGUAAACAUGUUUGGGAUAUUUCCUCUAAGAAGGACAACUUAUGGGUUAAAUGGGUGAACACAAUCUACAUUAAACAAGGAGAUUGGUGGAAUCAUGUAGCGCCGAUAGAUGCUAGCUGGUAUUGGAAACGGAUAGUACGAGUGAAAGAUAAACUCAAAUUUGUGUUUUCUCACCAAGAGUUUCACAGUUUCAAUUUUACUAUAGCGUCUCUAGUGUCUAAAUUGAAUAUAGUUGCUGGCAGGUGGCAGUUUGCUAUGAUUUGGGACAGAUUUUCUUAUCCCAAACAUAGAGUUAUUAUUUGGCUAGCUCUCCUUGACAGAUUACCGACUCUUGAUAGAAUUCAGAGAUAUAAACCUCUUCAGAGUCUUGUUUGUUUGCUGUGUGGGAAUGUUGUAGAGUGCCACUCGCACCUGUUUUUCUCUUGUUGUGUUAGAUCUAAAAUCCUGGUUGAGGUUCUGCAGUGGUGUAAUAUAGCUUAUCAAGGGAAUAAUCUCAAGUACCUGCUGAAGUGGAUUGGAAAAAAAAAAUUUCUCAAGGCAGAAGGAAGAUUUUUAUCAGCAUAA